CUUUUUCUUUUCUACUUUACUCCUUGUUUUUUCUUUUAUACUUUACUUCUUGUUUUUUUUUUUUUUUUCCAUUUGUGUUGAUUAAAAGAUAAUCAGCUGUGCAUCUUGUGUGUUCUGUGGCUUCUCUGUAUUUGUGUUCGUGUUUGUGUUUGUUUUAGAUGUAUGAAGAAAGACAAAGAAAAAUAAUUGCAAUUUGGCCUGCAAAUGCACGUCCUAUUUUGUCUGUUUGAUUCCCGGGAAGGACAAGGAAAAACAUAGAAAAAUUCUUACUCACUUGAGAAAUUUUGAUAUAAUAGGAGGGAAAGUCCGUCUUAUUAAUCUGCUUUUUUAUGUUUAUUUAUUCUCUGUUAAUGUUUGACUAUUAGAUUAGAGUUUGCAAUUUCAACGAAUUGAACCAAAAUAAGAUUAACUUGCAAGUUCUCUUUAUGACAAUUUUAUUUGCAAUUACUAAUUAGGGUUUUUUUUUUUCUCUUAAUGGGUUUGGUGAGGUUGAGAAUUUUAAUUGUAGAAUGUCGUUUUGGCUAAAUCAUGCUUUUAUUUUGUUGGAAAAUCUAUUUUCUGUGUUUGGCAUUAGGCCCUAAAAUGACAUUUACCUGAUUCUUUUUGAAUAUGACCCUCUGGUUAAACCUUCUUCUUCAAUUACUGGGAAUUGCAGAACGGUCAUACUUUGAACUCUCUGUCUUUUUGUUCAUUUCAAAACCUAGUUCAAGUCUGUAAGAUGCUUUAUAAUAUUAAAGGGAGCUAUGUGUAAGUCUUGUAUGAGUAGAUUUGGCAACUAGAUAAACUGUUCAGUUCAACUGAACUUUAUCCUUGUUUUGACCGAUACUUAUGGAGUUCUGUAGUUAUUUGAUUGUUUCUCACUUGGUCAAAGUGGAGAACUUGAUUUUCCUUCCACCUAGCCGGAUAUAAUGAAAUUCUAUCAUCCAUGUUUGGUUAUAGCCCGUGUUCAUUUGGAAUUCACAGGCCUAAAAGUUCAGAAGAUCUUUCUUCUUUGUGCUUGGUAGAGCAUAAAAUGUUCUUUUUAUCUCCUCCAUGUUGCAGAUUAGUCCUGCUGCUUGACCCGUAUCAUCUUUGUUUCUGUAUUUGUGACUUCUAUGUUUUUUCUUCCCCCUUCAUCAGCUAAUUAAGAAUUCUUUGCACUUUCAAGGGGAUAGUGUUUUUCUUUGCGUGAGUCAGUUCAUGAUGAUAUUUAGAAUCAAUGGUGGAAAAUAAUGAUUGAUCCUUCAUUGGAUGCGAAAAUUACAGGCAUGAAGAAUGAGAGGCAGCAGGGAUCUCACUAUAUGGCAGGGAGUCAAAGGAGGCCUGUGACUAAAUCAAGUUUCACGAGCAGAUCUAUGGACUUCGAGCGAUAUUUUCCCCGGGAAUGGAAAUCAAUUGCAAGUGCAGCAACUGGCUCAGAAAGUUUUAGCGGUUGCUUUGACUGCAAUAUCUGCUUCGACUUUGCACAUGAGCCAGUGGUUACCCUUUGUGGCCACCUGUACUGCUGGCCUUGCAUAUACAAAUGGCUCCAUGUCCAGAGUGCCUCUAUUGCAUCUGAUGAGCACCCGCAAUGCCCAGUCUGCAAGGCUGAUAUAUCUCACACCACCAUGGUUCCCCUUUAUGGCCGUGGCCAAGCUCCAGCUGAAGCUGAGAUUGAAGGGAAGGCAUCCUGUCGAGGCACGGCCAUACCUCCUAGACCAUCAGCUUGUGGGGCUCAAGCUUUAAUAUCUAGUCCCCAGCAUACUGCUCAGCAACUCCCAUACCACAACCCUUAUCAAAAUCAUAAUUAUACUCCUGAUCCGUACAGCAGUUUUGAAGAGGCUUCCCAGUCGCCUUUACUUAAUCUUGGAGGUAGUGCGGUGACUGGUUUCCACCACCCAUUUGUUGGGAUGUUUGGGGAGAUGGUUUAUGCAAGGGUUUUUGGGAACUCCGACAGUCUAUAUGCCUACCGAAACUCGUAUCACCUAAUGGGAAGUAAUAGCCCCAGAUUGAGAAGGCAAGAAAUGCAGGCAGACAAGUCAUUGAACAGAAUCUCAAUUUUUCUUUUCUGCUGCUUUCUUCUAUGUCUCAUUGUGUUUUAAGAAUUGAUUAUAGGUCAGUAGCCAUUGUGCGUUUUGUAUACUUUGUAAAAAGAAUAACGGGAUGUAAUGUAAGCUUACGAAACAACGAUUAGAAUGAGAUAUAUAUAUAUAUAUAUAUAUAUAUAUAUAUAUAUAUAUUAGAUACUUAACACUAAAACCCUCCGCCUGCAUCAAAUGUUGAGUGUUGAUUGGGAUCGCUUGAGCUUGUUUAAGUUGAAUGUAAUUUCUGAACCCCACAACUGGACAGUUAUUGCCGUGUGUAAAGUAUGGGUUUAUGGCACGACUGGUCUGUGUAGCGUUUGUUGAAUUGGUAUUGACGGUGGCUCUUCGUAACUCUAAUCUACCUCCUUUUGAUGGGUUUUAAUUGGUGCCUCCACUUGUCCAUAUUCAACUUUACUGUAAGCUAUCUCUCUUCCUUAAUCUGUACUGUACCACAUUCGGUUCUCUCUUUCCCUCUCUAUGCGUAGCAACUGUUUUAAACAUGUCAAGUCAUGAGAAUAAAGACAGCAGUGACUUUCUGACAUUUACAGUAA